AUGGGAAAAACUAAGGAAGAGAUUUUAAAGGAAUACGAAAGUGAAUUCCUUGAUGUAGUAAGAAUGGAACUAGAAGUUGAUGGUUUUGAUGAGAAAGUUGUGUACUCUACUGACAUGGAGGUGGUUCCUGAAAAGAUGCACAUGAUUCUACCAGAGUAUUCUACCUACCAUUUGACUAUCUAUUACAGAGUAAAGAAGAGAAGCAUCAAAAAGCUUCAUUAUUACCAUGGUAUUAAAAAGGCAGGAAUUGCAAUCAAGACAAGAAACUUAGAUAUUGGUGACGUUGAACCAAAUGAAGGGGAAGCUUUACACAAAGCGGUCUUUGAGCCAGACACUUUACCAGGCGGUUAUUUUAUUAGAGGAACUUAUCCUGCAAACACCAUAUUUCUGGAAGACGGAAAGGCCAUUUUUAAUUUCGACUGGAACAUUGAAAUUGCAAAGAAAGAUGUAAAGCCCAGUAUAAAAAUUUGA